AUGCCGGGAUUCACGGAAUCACGUUAGUCCGGGUCCGAGCAUGGGGUAAGUACAUUGUCAUUGUCCGACUCGGGCGGGUCUGUGAUCACCUUCAAAACAAAGGAUAAGCUGGAAWAGAGCGGUCGAAGAGCUCCCCUUUACUCACCCACACAGCGAUAGAAGCAAUCAAGCAAUAGACUGCAAGCACAAGAAGAAAUGGCUCAAGCUCUGGCUAUGCCUGUUGUGCCUUCACUUUCGAUGCUCUGUAAGGGAGGGAGCCCAUCUAAUUCACUCUGCAGCGCUAUCUAUUUCCCCAAUUCAACACCCCCAAAGUAUCGUGGUCUGAGCAUCCAAUGCGCUCGUGUUGGAGGAGUUGAGAUCCCAAACAACAAGCGAAUCGAGUAUUCUCUCCAGUAUAUUUACGGUAUUGGCCGCACCAGAGCUCGUCAGAUCCUCUGCGACCUCAACAUGGAGAACAAGAUCACCAAAAACUUGUCCGAAGAGGAACUCACAACCCUUCGUGAAGAAGUCUCCAAGUACGAGAUUGAAGGUGACCUGAGGCGUUUUAACGCACUCAGAAUCAGGAGGUUGAUAGAGAUUCAAUGCUAUAGAGGGACAAGACAUCAAAAGGGAUUGCCUUGCAGAGGACAACACACGAAGAACAACUGCCGAACGCUGAAGGGUAAGAGGGUCGCUAUUGCAGGAAAGAAGAAGGCCCCUCGUUGAGAACCAGGUUGUGUUUCUAGCUCCUUAAUUUGUUUGGGUUACUGCUCAAUAUUAAUUUUUAGUAAUAUAUGGAUUAAAUUGCUUUAUUAAAUUAAGUGUCUUUCGUUUUGAUGGAUGUUCAUAACUGGGUUCUGUAGAUUAUUUCUAUCCUGACUCAAUAGUGUAUAUGCUUUUUCCCUUGAUGAGGGCAUGUGAAGUUGGAAUCUGACGGGUACUUGAAAUAACUUAUUUAUUUAUUUUUGGUUGAAUAUGCUUUCAAACUCAUAGUGGCAUCUUCAGAUCAUUUUCCAUUGUUAUCUUGGGCAGCCUGAACUCUUAUUUGUAACCAAUUAUAUUCUCUAUUUUCACAAUGUUGAAUAUCAUGUGUUAUUUCUUCUUGCA